GUAAGGAUCCAACCCAAACCCAGGCCAGAAUCAACCAUGCUCAGACAGAUUCUUCUGCUUCGCGCUCGCCUCCAUAGCCCCACCGCCAGAGCCGUUGUGGCGCGUCACCGGCCGUGGUGCAGCGCCACCACGGACUCGCCGUCGAAAGUAAUCCCCAGCACCACCUUCAAUCUGCGGGAUCAGAAAUGGAGGGAUAAUGAAGAGGAGAUUCUCAGGGACAUUGAACCCAUCGUUUUGCUUGCCAAGGACAUUCUUUUCUCGCCAAGGUACAUGGAUGGACAGGUACUGAAUGUGGCGGAGGAGAAAGCUAUAGUAGACAAGCUCCUUGCUUACCAUCCAGAUUCUGAAGAUAAGAUUGGAUGUGGUCUUGAAUCCAUUAUGGUUGACCGUCACCCCGAAUUUGGGUACUCAAGGUGUCUUUUUGUUGUAAGAACUGAUGGUGUUUGGAUCGACUUCUCCUAUAAGUGGUGCCUUCAGAAUUACAUCAGAGAUAAGUACCCUAUCCACGCAGAAAGGUUUAUUCAAAAACAUUUUAAGGAUAACAAGUGUCUUUCGAAAUACAUCAAAGAUAAGUACCCGGCCCUCAAAGAAAGGUUUAUUCGAUAAAGCUUGGGAGUUGUUGAUGUAUGUAAAGUCAGAAUUUGUUUACUUUGGUAUGCCAGUAUUUGAUAAUUGGACUACUUUUUACAUCUUUUCUCACCCUUCAUUGUUCAGUGGCUUGCCUAGAUAAUUGAUGGUAGUAGAUAAUCUUUGGCUGGGACUGGGAUGUCAAGUUUAUUUUGAAAGAAACGCAGAAAAUGGUGGAAGUGAACUUCACUUAUUAGACUUGUGGAAAACUUUGCUGGCGAUGCAGAAAUCAGUAGUUAGAUAACUUGUAUGCAAAUGAAAUUUUGCUGAUUGACCACCUGUAACUUACCACCUUAGAUAUCCUCAUUCAGUCUUGCAGCAUUUUUAAAUGUUUGAUGUUGUAUUCUCUGAAACAUUGAAUUUUUUUACUACUGACCUUUUUGGAGGA